CGCGAAACGGAUUUGUUGGGACCUAGGCGGUGGAAUUUGAAAGACUGCAGUAUAGAACAAGUAUGCUAAAAGUAAAGUGAGGAUGGCCUAUCCCCACCCUGGUCCCUUCUUCCCUCUGCCACUAAACAUGACGUUUAAGAAGCAGCAGAUUGGAGUAACUAUGGAGGUCUACAUCGACGACAUCAUGGGUAAAUACAUAUGAAAUUCUCAAAUUAAAAAGUGGAUCUUUUUGCAUACGAGGUUCAAAACUUCAAAUCCCCUUCAUCCGAUAUGUGCUUCUGAAGAUGUGAUAGCUCAAAGCCAUGCUAAGUAUCGGGCUGUAAGCAUGGGCCUGCCACCUGCCUCAGUACGACAUUAAAAUCAACUCGAACACACGAGCUCAGAUUCACUGAGGCACACAUGAAGGAAGAAGGAACCAUUUUUCUGAGAAAGUGAGAGAAUCAAGUGAAAAAAAAAAAAAAAAAAAAAAGAAAAAUGGGGAUAGCAGCAGCAAUAGGAGUGCUUUCACCCUUCCCAUUCUACUAUUGGUUGUGGAGUUACCCACAAACAUGGGUAGAGCUGUGUGGGAAAGGGCGUGACCCGUGCAAAGUGAUGGCCUAUGUGGCUCCUUUCCUGAAGCUGAUUCAGUUCCUCUCUCUUUUCUCAGUCUCUACCUUCUCUUGGCCUCCCCCUCUUUACUUCUGUCCCCUCAUUGCCUUUGGCCAGUUCCUCAACUUCAGGGUCUAUCAGUUGCUCGGUGAAUCUGGUACGUAUUAUGGAGUACGUUUUGGGAAGAACAUUCCCUGGGUGACAAAAUUUUCAUUUGGGUACAUAAAAGUUCCUCAGUAUGUGGGGAGCAUUUUGAGUGUUUCUGCAUGCGUAUCGUAUGUACCAUUUCAAUACAUUUUGUUGUGGAUGUUGGGAUAUGUUGCAAUGAUAUAUGUGGAGUCAGAGGAAGAUCCUUCAACUCGUUCAAAACCACUCUCAUAAUUCAGCAUUUGAAUUAGACCAGAGAGUCGGAAU